CAUUGGGAUCUUGCUUGUUAUCAUUGCGCAUUAAGCAUGGUCAUUUCCAAUUUACGCCCGACACCUUGCCAAAUGCAGAGUCUCGUUGACUAAACUUACUAUAUCCUUCUGUCAUGGUGAUCUGCAUCACAAUAGUCUUCAGUAAGCUACAAUCGAAUAGUGGAAACAAAUAAGUAAAAAAAAAGAGCAAUGAGUGGCGGGUACAUUGGCUCGAAGAUCAGCUUGAUCUCGCGCUCUGACAUCCGCUAUGUCGGAAUCUUGCAUCACCUCAAUCCCACAGACUCUACAGUGGCUCUUGAACAAGUCAAGUCAUACGGUACUGAGGGUCGUCGUGGGAAUCCUGCAGAGGAGGUCCCUCCUAACGACAACAUUUUUGACUACAUUGUGUUCCGAGGCUCGGACGUGAAGGAUCUACAUGUGUGCGAACCCCCAGCGCCUCAGCCUCCAGUGCGUCCCCAGGUCCCUGAUGACCCAGCAAUCCUUGGAACUACAGCUCCUCCCAACUACUACAAUCAGCACCAACCUCCGCACCCGCACCAUUACCAAUACCAACAGCCGCCACCAGGAGCUUACUACCAGCCUCAGUCAGCCCCAGCUCAGCCUCAGUAUCAACCUCCAUCUCAAAAGCUAUCUUCCCCUCCUCAGGAUGUGCAGCCUAUUCAGGAAAACGUUGAAUCUAAGCGCUCGCCUGUUGCUGAAGGAAAAGCCAUCGAAAAGGAGGCUAGGCAGCAUGACAAAUCAGACUCGGAAACCAUUAAGCCUGCUCCCCCACCAGCACGCUCUGCCCCCAAGAGUCAGCCUCAGGAACUCCGCAAAUCGGUUGAAAUUCUCGCCAAACAAGUGAGCGAGUUGAAUGUUUCAAAGGAUGUUCCGUCUUCAUCUGUCGAGUCAGUACAGCACCAUCAGGAAAGUGAAAACAAAUUUUCGAACAAUAAUCAGGGUAGCCAUAAUAAUAGUGUCAGUAACAACAGUAAUCGACUUCCUGGAAUGGGUGGCCAUUUGCUUCAUUCAAACAAUAACCGCCGUGGUGGUCGUGGUGGUCGUGGAGGAUCCCAUGGGCAUGGCAAUAAUGCGCGCGCUCCCGCUGUCCCUGCUUCCGACUUUGAUUUUGAGACAUCCAAUGCAAAAUUCCAUAAGGACGAGCUUGCGAAGGAGGUUGUGAAGGCUGAAGAGCAACAGACUGAAGUUGAGGAGGAAGAGGUUGUGAUUAUUCCUCAGGCGGAAGAGUUUUAUGAUAAGUCAAAGUCCUUUUUUGACAACAUCUCAUGCGAAACCAAGGAGCGUAUGAGCAAGACAGAUCAAAGCCAAGGAAAUCGUCUCAGUGCACCCGAGAGACGCGCUAAGCAGUCAGAGGAACGUCAACUGAACCUGGAGACUUUUGGCCAGACCUCGGUCGAUCAAGGUCGUUUCCGUGGUGGUUAUCGUGGAGGCUACCGUGGUGGUUUCCGUGGUAGCCCUCGUGGUGGUGGUGGAUACCGUGGUGGCUACAACAGUGGCAUGGGGUAUAAUAAUGGUGGCCGCGGAGGUCAUUACAACAACAGCCAGAACCGUGGUGGAUACCAGCAAUACCAGCAGCAGCAGCAGCAGCGAGCAUAGGGUAGGGUGGCCUGUCUUUGGAGCAUUUUUUUUUUUUUUGUUUUAGCUCAAAACGGGGGAGAUGAGAUGAGAUGCAGAG